AUAGGAAUAAAUAAUGCACGAACAAUCGGAGCAUUUAGAUACGAACGUACAUCUAUUAAGUGCGCGUCAGUCCCAAAUCAUCGGUGCGCGUUGGUAUUAUUGUCUCAACGGUGGUAGAGUUGAUACCGGGUGCGUAAGCGCAGCACGCUGAUAAAAGAUUACAACCACCAGUAUCUCUUGAUCGUCCGGCGUAGAAACAUCUUUCGUGGAGUCACUUGUUUAAUUGAAUCAAUUCGUCUUCCGUCGCAUGCGACCACCAUAAGUGCCUGGAUGUCCUGCGUCAACUUUACCACUAAUAACAUAACACUUAAGUGUUGGUGAUGUGAAUCCUCAAAUGUGAUUGUGCGGGAACAUGUCAUGUUACUUAUAAGUCACAAGAUGUACAGAAUUAGUGACUUCCCAGUCUCCUGUUAUUUCUUAGUGGUGCUACUCUGCUCCGCUCAUGUCAGAAGUAAAGAGGUAAUGACAGAUAUCGAAGCUUUGUCUGGCAAACCGACUCAUUGCACAUACGAAUAUGCAUACGAUAUGUAUGGAGCAUAUUGCGCUGGCCUUCGACUAACGAAAGUACCAAGCCUGAGAAGUGGAAUCGAGAUUCUAGAUUUCAGCGACAACAAACUACAAGAACUUCAUUCAGACACUUUGUCUAGUUACACCAGUAUAAAGUUCCUGUACCUAGCAGAAAAUCAAAUCUACUCUAUUGAUGAAGAUGCUCUCACAUCAUUUACAAGUCUACUAACAUUAGAUCUCUCGAAUAACGUUAUUUUACAACUACCUAACUCAAUAUUCCAAUUACCAUCUCUUCGUAAACUUUAUUUAAAAGGAAAUCCUCUUUUGCAUCUGAGAUUAAAUGAUUUAAUGAUAACGCGGCCGAUAAAAGCUCCAUUGGAGCUGCUAGACAUAUCUGAUUGCAAAAUAAAAGAGUUACCACAGUGGGGACCACUUCCUCAGUUGAUUUUCUACAAUAUCUCCCAUAAUCCACUCACAACUUUAGAUGCAGAUCAUUUUGCUGCGAUGUGCAAUUUAGCAAAAGUGGACUUGACUGAAUCAAUAAACGAUUUUAAACUGUGCAAUUUAAAACCAACAGUUUCUUGGUUUCAAGAAAUAGGCGUUUUCCAGUUGCAAGACUAUACUAAACUAAAUUCAAUUGACUUUCAAAAUUGUCCUCAAGUGAACAACUCGGUCAUGUACAACGCAACAUAUCACCGAUGCAAAGCAGAUUAUUUGGAGGUGCAAAAUAUCAAGGCAUCCCGUCGCACUUGGCUAACGAUCGGAGGUGGAUUGGCAGGGUUCCUAGUUGGAUUCAUCCUCCUUCUAUACAUAAUGCAUCGCCACAACGUCUCACAAAUCAAAAAUGCAUCAAAAGUGAAGAAAGUCAGACCGGCUGCUGAUGGUGACAAACAAACAACAGCUAUACUUCUUAACGAUGUAUCGCAAUAAAAUAAAUUCCUGUUAAACUACGAGAUCUGGAACUAUGUGGGUAUAGAUAGAUACUGCCGAAUAGAAUAAGUACUAGUUACUUAAUUAGAACGUCUCGUAUUCUCAUUAUUACAACUGCGGAUUGUUUGUAACCUGUAGCCGUAUGAAAAUGAUUUUGAUCUUUAAAAAUAUACAACUAGACUGAUAACACAGUAACGUAAAAUUCAUUGGCUUCAUAAUUUCGACGAUAGGACCAAUCUAAUAGAUAAAUAGUACAUAUCUAGUAGUUUUGUCAAACAUAUAUCUACUGGCUAUCUAGUAGUUAAAGGUAUCUACAUAAGAUAUGUGGUGCAAUUUUUUUGUUGAUUAUGAUUUAUUUAAUAUAUUAAGAACUUUAUUAAAUUGGCUGCUAAACAUAACAGCAAUAAAAAUCAUAAUUUUAAAAUAGAUGUACGUGACGAAAUCUCCAGGUGUUUAAACGUAUAGAUGUUAAAUAAAAUUAGUUAUUUAUAAUAUUAAUAAAUAGGUAUACAGGAAGUAAUUAGUUGUAGCACAAAAAUAUUUGUAUUUCAAGAUGGGAAUCAUUACAGUAUUUAUAUUAAGUUUGAGAAAAGUCUUGCAAUUUUUUAACACAAAUAAUUUCACAAAUAAGAGGCUUAAAAAGGCUGACUAAACUAAUUUUAAAACAAUUAUUUAUUUCUUCCCGUAAAACGUAAUUUUUACAUACAAAAAAUUAAGAUGUUUUUGUGUUAAUAUUUAUAGAAUAAUGCUUUUGCCAAAGAUAGUAAUAAAAUGCGAGCAUGUAUGAGUGUGCGGGCGAUGGGUGUGCGAAGGUUGAAUAAUGAAUGUAGUUGAGAUUUCGGAACUAGUUUUCUUAUAUCAAUAUUAUGUGUAAACGAAACUUUAUGUAAAGCAAUGCUUAGCCAUUAUUACUAUUUUAACAACGUUAUUAAAAAUAAUUUAAAAUCACUGUGAUAGGUAAUAAAACUGUUUUAAAUAUUUUUAUA